CAAAUAAAAAAUAUCAGUUAGGGGGAGGGGAUGUUACAAUUUAUUGAGGCAAAGACAUAUAAUUAAAAAAAUAUAUAUUUUAUGUGGUAAUUUAACUACCUAAUGAACAAAUGGAACAUAUGGGGAAAAAAUUUCAAAUUUGCACCAAAAUAUUUAAUUGGAAACACUUGAUUAGUAGUUGAGGUUCUCAAUAGUAAUAAUGUUUAGUUCAAGUGUCUAAGGUGGAAUAUUCUAAACAAGUGUUUGUUUAUAUAUUAGCCUAUUAAAAUUGCUUACAUUAAGAUGAAGGAAAACUGAUAUUUCACUGUGCAGAAAUAGGGAGGAAAGAAAUAAAAUCUAGAAGAAGAGGAAGUGCUUUAUUUUUUAUUUUUAGUAAGAGGAAGUUCUUUAUUGCUGCUGCUUCUUCUUCUUCAAGAGAAAUUAUUCUCAAAAUGGGUGCCGAGCUGUCUAAACAAGUCGAAAGACGAAAAGAUAUCGACACUCAGAAAAAAAUAUUGUGUGAUCUCGAGGAGAAAAAUGGAUGCAACUUUCCCGGUUGUGAUUAUCAUGUACAGGAUAGAAAAAAUUGGAUGUCUGAACUUAUCCCUGAGAAACUCCAUGUGAACAAAAUUGUUUGGCCAGGUACACAUGAUUCUGCAACUAACGAAAUUGGAAUCCCAUUCAUCUCUCGCCCUUUUGCUCAAUGUCAAUCUUUGUCCAUUUACCAACAACUGGCAAUUGGUGUACGCGUUCUUGACAUUCGUGUUCAAGAAGAUCGUCGUAUAUGCCAUGGCAUCCUUCUUUGCUACAAUGUUGAUGUUGUUAUCAAUGACAUCAAGAAGUUCCUAUCGGAAACUCAUUCAGAGAUUAUAAUUCUGGAAAUUCGUACAGAGUUUGGCCAUGAUGAUCCACUGGAUUUUGACAAGUAUUUGGAGGAUGAGCUAGGGGAGUUUCUUAUCCACCAAGAUGACAAUGUUUUCAACAAGACCAUUGUGGAAUUAUUGCCAAAAAGAAUAAUAUGUGUUUGGAAACCAAGAAAAUCACCUCAACCGAGACAAGGAAGUCCUUUAUGGAGUUCAAAUUACCUAAAAGAUAACUGGAUAGACACUGACUUACCUGAAAAGAAAUUCAAAAGCAACAUGAAGUAUUUGAGCGAGCAACCACCGGUAACAUCACGGAAAUUCUUUUACAGGGUAGAGAACACGGUGACACCACAGGCAGAUAAUCCAGUCCUGUGGGUGAAACCAGUGACUGACCGGAUUCAUCCAUAUGCAAGGUUGUUUAUAAUGGAAUGUAUUUCUCAAGGUUAUGGUGAUCGAUUGCAAAUAUUUUCAACAGAUUUCAUAGAUGAAGGUUUUGUGGAUGCGUGCAUUGGUCUUACAAAUGCGAGGAUAGAAGGGACCCUCUGAAUCUGAAAAAUGUUUACAGGUCUAAAUACCAUUAUAAAUGUCUUUCAGGAAUUUUAAUUAUGUACAUAAUUUGAUAAAAUACAACACGUCCUACUUGUUGUUGAAGAGGUGGUUGUGCACACAGGUAAGUUCGGUUCUCUCGUCCUUAUUUAGGUGCUUGAAUGUGUCUGCUGCUAUAUAUUAUCUGUAAGUAACACUGUAACUAAGAAUGUGUGAAUUAUCACUUGCAUAUUUGUUCUGUGUAUUCGCUCA